AUGAGAGGGUCACGUGCAUGGUAUGGAACUGAGAGGGAAGCGGGUACGCGUCCUGCGGAGGAGCAGCUGUCUCGAACAACUGACCAGGCGUUUUCGUCUGAUGGACGGAUCCCAGACGGGCACCGGCAGGUGUCUCCACAGGCAGCAGCUGUCCCUAGUGCUGCCGAGCAUGAGCGUCGAUUGCGCAGGCGCCUUCAGGCAAGUGGGCCACGGCCAAACGAAAUACGGCGUCUCAAAGAUGUGCUGGUGACACAUCUGCUUUCGGUCGCGGGAAAUCCUUCGUACAGGACGUCGAGGCAGAGUGUUCUUGUUAGUGGUUCCUCCUUGGUCAACGAGCUGCGAAAGUCCUUCCAGUGCAAGCGGCUUUUGAUAAGCCGACAGUCGAAGCGUGCGAAUAAGGACGUAUCCGCUCAUUUGGCGGAAGGUGACAACCCUUUUUGCCCAGCGAUGACCGACGAGGGUGGCGGAGUCUCUGCUGCUAGCGACAGGGCGCAUGUACCAGCCGAUCGCGGAGUUGAGACGCACUUUGUGACUGACCGUAUUCUUCGUAAAGUUGCGGGUCUGCAUUCGUACGACGGUGGCUGUGUUGCGGAAAUGAGGCACCCUGCUCCUGCGGCGUCCUUCGGUGAUGUGAGGCUGUUGCUGUGUCUCGGCCGUCCCCCGAACUCUUUUUGCGAGGCCGACAUCGGUUGUGGGCCCUCCACGAGCUUCGAAGGUGACCGAGACAACCUCGAACGAGCAACACUCGGCAUGCUUGGCACCAUUCUUCGGUCGGCAGCCGCCCUGCAGUGGCAGGGCGUGUGGCUUUUGCCCCAGUGCCCAGACGUCUUUAACCCCCUCGGCAUUCGCGCUUCCCAGGGAGCUCUCUUCUGGUUGCCGUAUCGCAGAGGGUCGUGGGACGAGUUCGUCAAGUUCACGACCGAACAGAAUUUGUUGAUCUGUGUCCCUCAUGAGGCGGGGAUAGACGUUCAGUCCAGCAAGGUGUCGCGGAGCAGUUACAAGGGCAUUUGCCUGUUAAUUGACGACUCUGCCUUCCAAGCGGCCGAUGCUCUUGCUCAGCAGUCCAGAGCUAAGGAGUCCAACAAGCCGAGGGACUUUAUGGCCUCUAUGUUAGAGGACAGGGCGAAGCGUGCUAUCAUUCCGGCAGGAGGCAAAAAUAGAUUGCCUCGAUUUUCCUGCCCACACCAUCUGAUUGCCUUGCCAUCAGUCGGCGUUGGAGACGGUGAAACACAACAUGAGAAUGCCAUGGCUCUCAUGCAUCCAGUUACUUCGACUACAAUUUUGAUGUAUCAACUCAAGCAGAUACAUUUUCCGUCUGUAGCAUCUUCUGCCUUUCUGUUCUCUAGCAAAAUGCGAACUUAA